AUGCAGCAGGAGAGGUUGGAUAAGGCCAAAGAGAAGGAGAGACUGCAGUUGGAGCAGACGUUGCUCUCCGAAGUAGAUCCAGACGCCGCUGCUGCUGCGCGUAGGUGGUCGGCCGAUUCGCAGACGGGGGAACGGAGAGGUGAGAACGAUCCGAACAAAUUUGACCAGAACGACCCCUUCUUCAAGGAAAACCCGCUGCAAGCGAUCCGGAACAGAGUUGGGUUGACUCUGAUGGAAAAACUCGGUGUAAUUCUCUCGAAAUUCUUUGGCGGUGACGAGGAAACGGAACUCUUAAAACGCGCCGACGCUGCGAAGGAGCGGAAUCGGUUCACGUUGAUCAACCGGUUCCAAACCGCGCAGGAGAAGAAGACAAGCAGGGAUAAAGCGAUUCACAAG